GUCACCCCCGGCCCGAAUUCAGUCUUUCAUUCCCGUUCGAUUCGUAGUGAGUGUCGGAGCAGCGACUGAUUCAACAGGUGGUGGUGAUUUCAUUUAUAAAACCCGAUUAUAUACAAUCAAAAUUGUCGUGAUUCAAAACGAAAAAAAUGUUGUCGCGUAAUACGAGCGUCGCGACGGACGUGGCGCCCUCGACGUCUUCGACGGCGGCGCCCCCCCCGGUCGGACACACCUUGGACAAAAGUGAGAUCAACGAAGCGGUCACCAAGGUGCUGCAAGGGUACGAUUGGACCUUGGUCCCCAUUGCUUCCAAGGCAGCUUCGGACAAGCGGAAGCUUCACGUGAAGCGUCCGAUGAACGCGUUCAUGGUGUGGGCGCAGGCGGCCAGGAGGAAGUUGGCCGAUCAGUAUCCCCAACUUCAUAACGCAGAGCUAUCCAAGACUCUUGGCAAAUUAUGGAGGGUCCUCAGCGAAAACGACAAGAAACCCUUCAUCGAGGAGGCGGAACGCUUGAGGGUGAUCCACAAACGCGAGCACCCCGACUACAAAUAUCAACCGCGAAGACGGAAACCGAACAAGAACAACGAACAGCACCUACAGCACCCGGGCCAGAACGUCUCCUUUUCUCGCAUGAAACAAGAAGACUCCCCAUGUAGCCCCCGGAGUUCCACCAGCCCCUCGACCUGCUCCUCGCAACCCAACAGCCCCCAAAUCAACUCGCAUAAUCUACUAAAACCUUGCGACGCCAAUGGCAUCGAUUUAGACAACUACCACAGAUUACCAGAACUGGAUGGAGGUUAUGGCAUAUACACUGCAGAGGACGCUAUCGACAGCAGCGACCUGGACCAAUACCUCCCUGGGGAGAGCCAGUACAGCACCUACCAAGCAUACCAAAAGCAUUUGCAAGAAGAGGAGGGCAACAAUAAUUACAAGCCUAAGAGGCCUUGCUUGGAGGGCGCCUCAGAGACUACUGCGACCUUUGAUGACCAGGCUGCCUUCAGUAGAUACCACGAAUUGCAAAGCAGCAACGUGAAGCACGAGAAGUACCAGCAGACGCCAUACAAUUAUCAGAUGAGCCCUUACUAUAAUGGCAGCCAGUACGUCAGCUCUUACCAGUACGUACAGCAGAGGCCUCUAUUUACUGCUGGCGGAUCUACGGGAGGCAGCUUUGGUACUGUGGAGCCUCCUGCCACUGCAGCCGAUUGGACUUCCCACUACAAUAUGUGAUCUUAUGUCGUUAAGAACUGUAGCAGACGCCAUUCAACCAGUGCCUUAACGUGUUUUUUAUUAUUAAUAAUCACACACAAGUGACCUUUGUCAAGAGAAGAAAAUGAGAGUUGCGGUCCAAAGAGGGCUUGCUCCAGAUCUUGGUGCUGCUGGUUGGACUAAUAUGGUUUCUUUGAUAAAGAGAUCCGGUCUCAGGCGGUUUCAAACUUGAAUCUGUACAUAGGAAUCUCAUAUUAUUACACCUUUAUCUAUUUUUUUGAGUUUUUGUAUAGAGUUUAAGAUGAAAAGACUUUAAUUUUAAGGGUGGGGCGCUGUUCUAAGUGCCCUUAGCCAUAUUUUUUAUAUAUAUUAAUAUUAUUAUUAUUCUCGAGUUGUUAAGAGUGUUUUUUUUUUAAUUAAAUAAAAUAUUUUUUUUAAA